GAGAGGCAGGAGGCAGGGGUCUGCCUGGGUAAAGGAGGGGAAGUCGGGCAGUCAGGAUGGCUUGGCGGGGUGGGACAGAGAAGAUCCUCCUUGUGUCCAGCCUGUGUUGAGCUCAAGCCCUCUCAGUGAGCCAGAAAACCUGUUGGGAGAGCCUCAUGAAUGCAAGCCUUCCUCCCACACCAAGCAGUCCCCAACAACCCACCAGCAGCUAAGCAGGGACUUGAACCCCUCUUAAGGAUGACAGGAGUCACCAAGCCACUCCACCCAGCCCGGGGCUUGUUUUGCCUCUUGUCAUUGACCCGGAUCUUAGAAGGGGCAGGGGGUCAGGAGGUAGUGGACUGCGGCUUAGCUUUUCUGCCCAUCCUGGACCUGAAAUGCUGUUAGCUCAGACACUCAAGAGCCCCUGAGAAGGUGAUCACUGUGCUCCCCCAAACCUAUCCCUACAAUUAUGGGGUUUUGAGGUCUCUCUCUGUCUUGGGUCUGGGGUGCAGGGCACUGAGGCAGGAAACACAGAGAAAGUCAGGGACCAAAAGGAAAUUCAAAUGCACCCAUUUCUUUUGGAAAAGUGGCCCAGAAGACUGCUAAGGACAAGAACAUCAUAAUAACAUCUUUCUUAAAUGCCCCCCCCCCCACCAAAUGUACCUGUGGAACCUCCUCUGGUUCCAAGUUCCUGGACUCUAGGAAGUCCACUUGGGCUUUUAGGCGGCCACGGGAGCAGGCCAAGCUCUAAAGCAAGACCCGAGGGUGAUCUGGUAGUGACAUCUGCUCCCUGUCCUGCUGAAGGGAGGGUGGCUCUGGCUCAUCUGCUGUCCCCAUCAUCCUCCACAUCCUGUCUAGCUUCCUCAGCCCCAUCUCAGUUGUGGGAUAGGACUCCACCCUGUCUCCCCCAAAGGCAGCCGGCCCCCCAGGCCCCAGGAAGGGCAGCUGAAGCCCUGGGAGCAUCCAUGCCUUCCUGGAUGGAACCAUGGGAGGAUUUUCAUAAAGUACAGGAUUUCAGACAUAGACUGCCAGAGUUUGAAGUGUGAGGAAUGGGGGAUGAGGCCAGCUUCUUUGGUGAAGCCCCGGAGGAGCAGGGUUGCCCCACCCAUAUUCCCACGAGGCUCCUUUUCCUCCGGGGAUUCACCCCCUCCUGGAGGCGGGGCCAGGCCUCUGAGCGGGAUAAAACCCCACACUCGGAGGGGACUGGUGCGGGCACAGCCUUGGCAUGGCCGUCUGGCUCCUCACUCUGCCGGCUCCAUGACCAGCCCAGUGGAUGCAUCUCCAGCAGGCUGUGCCAGUGGGUUGGGUCCCCACAGGAGAAAGAGGACCACCUUCAGCAGAGGGCAGCUGCUUGAGCUGGAGCGAGUGUUUGCGGCACGGCCCUACCCCGACAUCGGCACCCGUGAGCACCUGGCCCGGGUCACCUCUCUUCCUGAGGCCAAGAUACAGGUGUGGUUCCAGAACCGCAGAGCCAAGAGAAUCAAGGAUAGAAAGCCAGGAGGCCUAAGCCCCAGGCCUGAGCCUCCCCAGAGGUCCCGUUCUCUUCCGGACACCAUCCAGCGGGCCCCGGAGCCCUGGAUGCUUGGCCAGCCUCCACCCUCCAACAGCACAGCACAGGGCUCCUGUGUGUGUCGACAGGCCUCCUGCCCAGCUCCUGGCUUGGGUCCAGGGCAGGGCUGGGUGGGGGCUAAAGCUGCAGCCCCCUGGGCCCCAGCUGGGUCUUCAGGGGCCCACCUCUCUUCUGAGCGAGCUGCUCCCCAGACCUCACUGGGCAGCCUGUCUGACCUCAUCUAUGCCUCAGCCAUUGUCACCAACCUGGAUCACUCCUAACCUAGGUCUAGGACUUGCAAGACCCCUCCUCUGGCUCCUGUAGCCCACUCUGCCCCUUAAGACUGAACACACCGUAAGUGGAUCUCCUGAACCCUCCUUUUACACAAGGGAGUUUUCUUACGGGAAGAAAGUAUUAGCUCAGGGAUACCUCCCUUCCACUGUCCUCCAGACCAGCCUCGAUACAGAUUCUAUGGUGUAAUGAGGGCCUGGCUCCUGCUACCUAGCACCCUCCCCGUCCAUCAUCUCGACAGGAGGUUCCUACAGAGGGAUGAGAUAGAAGCCCAUGUUUUCCACUUCUGCCAGUUUCCCAAUUCUUCUCAUCCCAGCUGACAAUACCUCCUCCCUCUAAAGGACAAUGGACGAUUGCCCUGUACCCAAGGGCCCUUUAGGCCAUUACCUGACUGUUAAGUAAGCUGGGAGAUGGCUGAUCCUAAUUUUAGACUGCAGGGACCAGUCCUUUUAUAGUUCAGGGCCCCCCUCUCCUGUCCUCCUGCCACCUGGACAAAUUAAUCAGAGCCAUGGAUCUGAAGAGGGAGUGAUAUUAAAGUCAUAAAGUAGAAAUAGGAGCCCAGGGCUUACGUUGAUUUAAUUUUCACAAAUAUGAGAUUGGCUGCCCUCUGACCUGGGGCUGCAGAGACAACCUGCAGAUUCAGGAUGGGGUGGGGAGAAGCGUGCAUGUUGGCAGCGUUGGGUUUUGGUAUCACUGUCAUCUGUAAUACCAACUAAUCUUCAAAUAAAACCCCAACUCUGUA